AUGUUUGAAGAACUCGCCUAUAAACAUCGUUUAAGAAUGAUUUGGCCUGAGCGUCCAGGUUAUGGCCUAAGUCAAGAAUGUAAUUCACAGAAAAUGACAGCGCUGGAAUGGGGAGAUGUAGUAGUUCAAUUAUGUGAUCAUUUACAUAUCAGACAAUUCAGUAUCAUUGCACAAUCCGUAGGUACUGUAUUUGCCUUAGCCAUCGCACAUCGUUACAAGAAACGCGUAGCUGGCCCCAUUUACUUGAUCUCUCCCUGGGUUUCAACACAAGCUGCAAACACCUUUAAAUGGACUCGGCGAUUGCCUGCACCCCUUGUGGCAAAAACAAUAUCUUUAGCUCUCGAUGUCAUCUGGGUAUUUAAUAAAUCCAGCGGAGAAGAAGAUGACAGUAGGAGAUCAAAUAGCAGCGAUAAAAAAUCAAGAAACACAAUGCUUGCAUUUGAAGAGGAUGAAUUACUAGCUUCUUUAGAUGAUGAUGUCGUUCUUUUGACGGAUUUUCCUCCCCAUCGUCCUUUACGUCAUUUCGUUCGCCCUAAGCACAUGUCCUUGUAUCUGGCCAUGAAUAAGCGUAGAAUGUCAGAAACCUAUAGUCAAGGUCAGUUAUGUGAUGUGAUGGUCGCACUAGAAAAGUACCACAUGUUUGGCUUUAAUUAUUCGGAUAUCAAAAUACCCGUUUCCGCUGUCUGGGGUGAUAAAGAUGGUCUUAUUCCCCAAAAGGCCAUUGAAAUCCUUGCCAAUAGUUUACAAGAUGUUCGCUUAAAGAUUUUGGAAAGUGAAGGCCAUGAUUUGGUCUGGAAAGAAGGUGUCAUGGAAUGGGCUAUAAGAGGAAUAGCUGAAAAAUACACUAAACCCAUUUAA